UUUCUCUGUUGCAAGUUUAAAAAAUGUUUAUUUCCGGUGUGAUUCAGUUCUAGAAACAUAAGAAAGUGUACAUUUUCAUUUAUUUUCUGUCGUCAAUUUUAGCCACGGUAACGUGUAAGCGAUUGUUGAAAAUUAAUUUUACUUUUAUGUUCGUUCGGAGCCAGUCGUAAACCGCGUUCUAAUUGUGUGCGAUCUCCUUUUGGAGAGGUUUCACGAGGUGCUUCGUCAUAGAUAGUGGAAGGUUCGCGCGGCCGGCGACUGCGGAGCCGUGUUUUCCUGGUGCCAGCUUCAGUGAAGCCAGGAUCAACGAUUCAUCCAGUCUGUCAGCUCUCGUCCAGUGGGGCGUUACCGUUUUAUAUGACUUUAGCAAGAUAUAUAGAGACAUCAGUACAGUGCGAGGAGAGCGGUCGGUGCGGCGCGACGAGGAGAGCGGCCGGCUGCCGUCGAGCGUGCAUGACUCACACAACACUUAGCACUACUGCUCGCAGAAGAUCAAAAUUUUGCAGUAACCGCCAUCGGAAGCUGCUGCCGCUGCGGCAGACGUGACUGCAGCCCGCUGUCGCGCGCCGCGCCACAUGCCCCGCUAGCACUCCCAGCCCGGAACAAGAAGCAGUGGGUAGCCCGGUUUAGUUAGUUAGUUGUAUUCAUAAGCAUCAACCAUGGGUUCCCUCAACGUGAACCGCAAUGUCGCCGACGCCUUCUACCGCUACAAGAUGCCGCGCAUCUGCGCCAAGGUCGAGGGCAAGGGCAACGGGAUCAAGACCGUCAUAGUUAACAUGCCCGAGGUCGCCAAGGCUCUUGGCCGGCCAGCUACAUACCCGACGAAAUACUUCGGGUGCGAGCUGGGCGCGCAGACGCAGUUCGACUACAAGAACGAGCGCUUCAUCGUCAACGGCUCCCACGACUCGGCCAAGCUGCAGGACCUGCUGGACGGGUUCAUCCGCAAGUUCGUCCUCUGCCCCGAGUGCGACAACCCGGAGACUGAGCUGAUCGUGUCCACCAAGCGGAACACCAUCUCGCAGGGCUGCAAGGCAUGCGGCUACCACGGGACCCUCGACUUCUCCCACAAGCUCAACACCUUCAUACUCAAGAAUCCGCCCACCAAGGACCCCAGCACUGAGGGCUCGUCGCUGACGGAGGGCAACCGCGGCAAGCGCUCCAAGCGCUCCGGGCCCGGCGCCGCCAACGGCAACCACGACGCCGACAACAACGACGCCAAGCCUGAAAGCGAGACGCCAGCCACCCCCGUGGCGCCGACGCCGAAGAGCAAGAAGGAGCACAAGCAUAAGCACGACGACGACGAUGACGACGGCACCUGGACCGUCGACGUCAGCGACGCGGCCGUGCGGGCCCGCAUGCAAGAUCUAACGGAGGGCGCCAAGUCGAUGACCCUGAGCGAGGAUAGCGAGAAGAACGAGAAGCAGCGCAUGGACCUGUUCUACGCGUACCUCAAGCAGAAGGCCGCGGCCGGGGACGUGACGUCCACCAAGGCCUGCACUGACUUGCUGCACGAGGCCGAACGGUUGGAGGUGAAGUCGAAGGCGCCGCUGGUGCUGUUCGAGGUGCUGGUCCGCCCCGCCGCGCUGGCGGCGGACGUGCGGCGCCACCGCGCGCUGCUGCUGCGCUUCACGCACGGCGACGCGCGCGCGCAGCGCUCCGCCCUGUCCGCCCUCGACGUGCUGUGCGCGCUCAACCCCGGCCUGGUGCCCAAGGUGGCCGGCGCGCUCAAGUUGCUGUACGACCUGGACAUCGUGGAGGAGAAGGCGAUCGUGGAGUGGUUCAACAAGCCAUCGCGCAAGGCGCUGAGCAAGGAGGUGGCGGCGGAGGUGCGGCGCCGCGCGCAGCCCUUCCUGGACUGGCUGCAGCAGGCCGAGGAGGACUCGGACGAGGACGACGACGAGGAGGGCGAGCUCGAGAUCGAGUACAAUGACCGCGCCGCGGCGACGCCGAUGAAGGCGCAGGCCGCCGCCGCCGCCGCCAAGCCGGCGCCGCGCGACGACGACGACAACGACCUCGACAUCGACGCCAUCUAACCUGCACCCUCCACCCCCACCACCACACACACACACGAGCCCGCCGUCGGUCGGCAAACAACUACUGUCUCUAGGGUUGCCAGGUUCACGACAUUCGAAAGGCGAGAUUCAAAAAUGCAACCUUAUGUCGACAUCAAUAACGGUAGCGUUCACAAAUAUAUUAUAUGCGGCGCCUGGUAAUUUGAAUGUCGAUAAAUGGAUCCUAUUUGACUCCAUUUGGUUUACUGACCGACGGGGCGCUCUGAAACGUCGCAAUAGAAAUAAGAGUAUAUCGCUUUUAUAAAAUACAUAUUGAGCAUUUUACUCCAUCUUAAUCGAGUCAUUAACUGAUUUUUUAAUUUCUCGUAAUGUGCAGCUGCCGUUUGGUUUGAUUGUUCCUAUAAAAACGUAUACCUCGUUAAAAUAUCACAAUCAUCAAAUAACUUUAAAUACCAGCUCGUCACGCGAAUCCCGUGCAUUUACUUAUCUGGGAUUUCCGUUGUAUGAAGUAUUUACAAUUUCAAAAACAUUCAUGUGAUAUAGUUUUCAACCCAAAUUACACAUUUGGUAAGGAAACGUAAAAACUAUGUACUUUAUUGAAGCGAUAUACAAGUACCCAUGGGAGAAAAUAAUCACAUACAAGAACUGUUUAAUUUUGACUUAUUUUUAAAAUUUAUUGACAGAUACCUAACGAAAAUAUAAUUAAAAGACCCGAGUCUGGACGUUAAUCAGACUAAAUAAGCCCCAAGUUUCCAGGUUAAAUAAUG